UCUCAUCGGCUACCAGUCCAUAUCCGACACAUACAUUUGAAUUGGAUGGCGAUGUUCAACGUCGGGUGACAAUAUUUGUUGAAGAUAAUUUUGAUGUUAAAAAAUGGACUUAUCGCUUAUUGGAUUCACGCACCCCAGGCCAAGGCAUAGUAGAAUAUAAAUGUCAGAAACAUGAUGGUGAUAACACACUGACCGUAUUGGGAAGCUUUACUUUAAAAGAAACAACAUAUAAUACGUACCAAACUGGUAUGCCAUGGAAGGAUUUUCUGGAGGUAUUAAAGCUGUUUGUGUCAUCAUCGAAAGAUCGUGUUCAGAGAGAGAAGGUGUUUAAUUUGUUGGAUACAGAUGGCAAUGGAAUAAUUGAUAUUCCUGAACUUACAAGAUUUGUUGAGAUUAUUCUCCCUGGUGUCAAGGCGGACGACAUUAAUUAUCAUUUUAGACAAAUUGGUGGUGAUAAGAAAAUUAAUUUUGCUCAGUUUGAAGAGCUAAUGGAGAGGAAUAUUACUCGUGAAAUUGUUAUCAGAGGUUUCAACAAAUCAUAA